GUCAAACAAUGUUACGAAGUGAUAAAAAUCGUAAAAAUCUACAUGAUUUCUAGUGUUGUUGAUUAAUAGAAUAUAAAAUAUACUUUGUUAACUAUAGUAGUUAUAUUAUAAUGUUAUUUAUAUGUAGAUAUUUAAAUUUAGUAAGUAUUUUGGGUUAAAAUGUUUUGUAUUAAAGUGAUAGAGGGAAUCUUAAAUCAAGACCUUUAUUUCUUUUGUGGUUUUCAUUCCCGAUAAACUUAUGACGUGUUGUGGUGUACUAUAGCAAUUUUAUAGUUGCAAAAACGUUUUCACAUGAAAAAUGGAGGAACCGGUGAAUAUAGAAGUGUCCAUAGACAUGGAGAUGCCCGUCAAAACGGAUGUGUCUGUGGAAAUGGAAGAGCCAGUCAAAACGGAGGAGCCAGUUAAAUCGGAAACCACCACUUCAUCACAACCACUAAAAUUCAUAAGCGUCACCAGUUCAGUCCUUACAGAUGAACAGCGAGAAAUGUAUGAGUCAGUCCUUGCCACGUGGAAGCCUGUCAUGUUUCCCAAACGAAUGAAACGUUAUAUUUGUGAGAAAUGUAACAAGGAAUUCAAAAACUACCAGAAUCUCUACCUUCAUACCACGAGGGUUCACUCCUCCGAAGAGUCUGCUGUCAUUUGUGAUAUUUGCGUCAAAACAUUCAAAAAUAAACAUUAUUUGUACAUGCAUAGAAUGAAUAAGCAUUAUUCAGAGUCCGAAAAAUGUUACUGUCAGUUCUGCCUCCAAGAAUUUCGUACUAGAAGGGCGCUCCACAUGCAUGUUAAGCGCGCGCACCCUAAUACUCUUCCCGAAAUCAAGUGCGAGCAAUGUGGUAAGGAGUUCAGCGUGCCCUACAAACUUCGAUACCAUAUAGACGCCUGCCACCGAGACGACAAAGAAAAAUAUAAAUGCCACGUUUGCGAGAAAGUUUACAAAAGUCACCUCAACCUGAACAGACAUCUGCAUUUUCAACACUCGCAAGUCGAAAGACAUCGCUGCGUCUUUUGCCCGAUGACGUUCAAGUCCCGUCAUCAUAUGAAGCGUCAUAUUUUGAACAUCCAUCCACCUUUAGAAUCGAAAGUGCAAUGCCCAGAGUGUUUGAAAGAGUUUAAAAACGACCAGUACCUCAAGGAGCACAUGCAGGUCCACACUUCUUUAGAAAAGAAGGUGAAGUGUGAUUUGUGCGAUAAAUUCUUCCAUUCCGCGGUGCGUUUGAAGAAGCACAAGAAGAUAGUGCAUCCGGACAAGCCAAAGAUACGUUGUGAAAAGUGCGAUAAAGAAUUUGCGCACGCGCAUUACCUGAGACGCCAUAACAACUCCGUUCACGUGGAGGUCGACGAGACGAAGUAUGAACACGAGUGUGGGCAAUGCGGGAAGAAAUUUAAAAUCAAGAGAUAUUUAAACAACCACUUGCAAAGGCACGAGCAGCAGCACCUGAAACGGAUUUCGCAGAUGGUAAAGACGGUGAUGGGUGAUGAGGUGCAGGAGGUGAAGGUGCCAAAGAAGCGGGGCAGGCCGCGGAAGGCGAGGAAGGAGAUCGAGUUCAUCAAAUGCGAACCAAUGUCCAGUUCCGAAUCGGAGUCUGAUGAAACUGAAUCCGAGGAAUCUGAGUGAACUAAAAUAAUACGUGCAAAGUUACCUUAAAGGGGUGACCAAAAUUGUUUUUUAAGGUGCAUCAAAGAAAAUUUAAGCUCUGUUUGUAGAGCUAUAGUUCUAAAGUGAAAAACUUUGUUCAUAAAGUUAACUUUCUAUUCUUAUAUUUAGACCGAGGUCUACUAAUCUAAAAUUUGUUCGGCGCGAGUUGGUAAUCAUUAUGAAAACGUCUCGCAAUAGGGACUGUCGCUUAAGUAUCGCUAUCUAUAUGUGACAGAUUGCAAUACUUAAAGAGACAGAGUUCGUAAGCACAGAGUUUUGUGGCACGAGGAACGCAUCUGUUGUUAAGCGCGAGGCCGGCGAGCUGACACGACGGUAAUGUUGGUCAUAAAGUUCUAAUAUAAUCGGGGCAUCCACAACUUUUUUGCCACCAGGGCGGCGUCACUUCGGCGUAAGGUGAAAUAUGUGACAGAUGUCAUAGUGGGGAAGUUAAUUUGUUAGGCAAAUGUAAGGGUUUGUUUGUUUCUUUCCAAAAUAUUUGUUGUAUUUUAUAUUAAUUAGAUAAAAUUGAUUAACCAAACUACGGAUAUUCGUGACUGUAAGAGAAUAAAAAAGAAAGUGCAAAAUAUUUAAGAGCAACCACUGAGGCAUUGUUUUGUGUAAAUAAUAGCGCUAGAAACUGAAAAACUUUUAUUUGAAACGCAACUUUUCACUUAUAGUUACGUAAGUAACAAUUAUUUUAACUUCAGUCCUAGCUAGCGACAUCUGGUGAGCGAUAGAUUAUUAGCCCUCAUUAACGGGCAGUAAUUUGUUAUAAGUUUAGAGACCCUGCUUUUUGGGGUUCCGUACCCGAAGGGUAACCAACAGGACCCUAUUACUAAGCCUCCACUGUCCAUCCAUCUGUCCGUCUGUCUGACUGAGGGCUGUAUCUCAUAAUUCGUAAUAGGUAGACAGUUGAAAUUUUCACAGAAUGUGUAUUUCUGUGGCCUCUAUAACAACAAAUAAUAAAAAUAAACUAAAAAUUAAAGCUCCCCUACUAGAAACGUGUUUUACGAUGGUACCAGAACCCUUUAUGCGCUUUUCCGACUCGCACUUGGCCGGUUAUUUAUCAACUCUCGCAGAACACUACAAUUACUAUCAUAACCUACUCUAUCAAUUUCUAGCUAUAUUAGAGAAUAUUAACUUUGGCACAAAUUUUAGUUGUUGAAGUUGGUUCAGUUACUAAAGUUAUAUUGCCAGAUUGCUUUAGUAUGUUUGUACUCUUCUAUCUUGCCGUGUAGUGGCGGUGUAAGACUAUAAACUACUCUAUAUGAUCCCGUGGGUGUCGUAAGAGGCGACAGAGGGAAACAAAUCAGGAGAUGGGCAGCAGCGUCUUGCUAAUAACUAAAAAAUAAAAAAACGGCUAUUGCCUACCCGCCUGUCAGGCGUGGCAAUGAUGGCAAUUAUCCCCUUUGAGGCAAUCUAUGGGGGAGGCCUAUGUUCAGCAGUGGACUUGAAUUUGCCGUAACUGUGCUUCUACUAAAGGAAGUGUAACCUCGAUCACUAAUAAAAAACUAGAUACACGAUCCCAUGCGAAAGUUCUCUAAAAACUGUCGCCAACAUAGGUACGGUAGGAUUAGACAUAAACAUUGCAAGAAUAAUUGAUUUUAAAUAAUUCUUUUCUCAAAAAUUACGUGUUUCCGCGUGUUGAAACUUUGUGUGUGUGCUUAUAAUAGUGUAAUUUUCUGUAAAAAUGCGUAUCAACACCCAACUCGACGGACGUCAAUGGAAAGCUAAGCCAGGACAUUUCUUGUCACCGAUUGUGUAUUUAGUUUUUUUAUUAGUGAUCGAUGGAGUGUAAGGUGGAAUAUGCCAACAUUUACAUCAAGUGAGUUAGCAUUGCACACAAACUGGAGUUGGCACUAUCCAGUUAACACAAACAAUUACCCAGUGGAUUGUAAACACAUUGUCAUUGUUUGUAAUACGUUUCCCUUAGUUGACUUUCAUAAUAAUAAUUUCCUUCAGACCGAAUUUAAGUCACGACGGAGACUAACCAUCUGCGUAGGGCAGAAUUAUAGUGCCCGAGUGUAUGUAACCAUAGGUCCACUCUAUUGUCUCACUCUCAUAGUCCGAUGUGACCGGACAGGAUCAACAGCCACCUGGGUAAAACACCGCCAACUUCCUGACUCCGGACAAACUCUCUACUGAGAAUUUCUUGACAGAAACUCAAUAACUUUAUUUUCGCUUUGGCCCGACCUGCGUUCGAAGCCGGGACAGCAUAAUCAGCAGUCGCGUUUACGACGAAUCUUAUAGAACUUAUAUGAGAUCAAGUGAUGUAUUAAAUGUGGUGCCAUUUGUCACCUACUACCCAUGAUCGAGAUUCCUUUAAUAUGAAAGUAUGAACUGUGAACAUUAUUUUAUACGUGGUAGAGCCAAGUCAUAGCUAUUUUAUGGCUUCGACAUAAAUGGGUCGGUUGGACCGGAGCAGUACGACGCUCUCACAGGAUACCGAUUUAAUGCUGCUGUGUUUCGUAUGGUGAGUGUAGAAAACUGGACCCUUUUUACUGGAAACGAGGCAUACCAUCUAGGUCCUUAGGGGUGACAGCGCAUCUGCAUUUUAAUUCUUAAUCGAGGACGAAUGUAGAUGUCUAUGGGUCACAGCAUCCACUUACCAUCAGAUGGACUGUGUGCUAGUUUGUGACCCUUGUUCUCUCAGCUCUAGCCUCAUGGGUGGGUUUUUUAUUAUUUUAAGCUGUGUAAGAACAUGCUGAUUAUGUUCUGUUUCAGUUUCCCUCUGUCACCUCUUUCGAAACUCUCGCGGGAUUAUAUAUAUACUUUUUCGCCGCUAUUAAACGGCAAUUCCAAUUAUAUAUUACAGUUUAAAGUAUAUUUGUGAUAAUAUUUUGUCAAUUUUCAAGGGUUUAUGUAUAAUAAUUUUAUAGUUAUAGUUUAUGUACAUUGUAACAUGGGCAAAUAAGCAAGAGGACUGAUGAACCGCAAAAAGGUCUAAAUACCUAAUUAAAACCAGAUGGCGUUGAUUUAUUUUUUAUAAAAUAGGAUAAUUACCAAUUUAUGCUACAGAAUUUCCCAAUAUUUCGUAUAUUUUUUUAAAUAUUAAGUUGCUUAUUUGUAAAUAACAUACUAGGUAUUUUAGUAUGUUAUCUUUUAUGCCGUUUAACAGUCCUCUGGUAUAUAGUCAUCUAUAAUAGUAGUGAUAUCAAUGGGGCAAUUGUAACUAAUAUAUAAAAUUUAAGCGUUUUUAAAUAUUACAGAAAUUAUAAAAGAUUAGAAUAAAUUAGUAAUAAGCGCCGCGUAUUUCAAUUGUGAGCAAUCUUUAUUUUUAUUUUAAGAAAUUUAUGGAUGCAGCGAUAGGUACCUUACGAAUUGGAAACAUAAGCGUCGAUGAAAUUACCCGAGAAAUGGGGAAAUGGGACGGGGAGUAUUUCAAAAAUAUUUUAACUAUUGCAAAAAUUAUUGCAUCGCCGUAACAGCAGCCACUAGUGCUAUUUUGAAAAAGAAAAACUUUUGUGCUAUGCCAUUACUAAAGCAAAUUACAAAUAUACGUUUUUCACUUGAGGACAUUUUCAUGGGACCUAAUAUGAUAACGUAUCCACUUGCUUCGAUGUCGCACGUCCUCUACGUUUAAAUUGACUUAACCCGGCCCUAACUAAUGCAUUACAUAAUGCAGGGCGGCCAGUGUUGCCCGAUCUCACUAAAUCUGAAUUUAAUGUGAUUACAUUUCUCAAUGUUGCAGUACUUUAUUGUCCUAUCGGGAAACAUAAUCGGCGCUUUAAUCCUUAAAAUCGAAUGGGAUUUUCUCUUUCUAUUUUCGAAAUUUAUCUUGCCCUACCAUUACCCAUUAAUAUUAUUAUAAUUGUUAAUAUUGUAAAUAUUUGAGAAUACUUUUACGAUUGUUUCGAAGAGGAUAAGUUUUCCAACCUUUUGCGCGUGUAAAGUCCAGCUGUGAAUUCUCUUGCAUUUGAUAUACAGAUUAAUAACGAAGAAUUUAUUGUCUCUGGUUAUGGCGAUGGCGUCAUCCAGACCUUAGUUCAGAAGCGAUUCAUUCGUAAUUUUACAUUGCUGAAGACAAUGCAUGCUUGCAUUUUGUCAAGAGAAAAACCAUUCAUUCGUUGAUAUUUGUUGUUAAUUCUCCUGUGUUUACUUUGGGAUCUAAGGCACUGUAAUAUAUCUUGCUAAGACAGCUGUAAUAUGGAGUACGCCGCCGUAGUUUUUUCGAAACAAGAUUGUCAUCUAUAUACUGUACAUAUAAAUAAAAUUGAAGUGUACGUAACAUAAACACUCACGCCUGUCACCCAGAGGGGUAGGCAGAAACUACAGACUUCCAUUUGGCACGAUCCUGACACACCCCUCUCGCCUCCUUUACAUCCAUAUACCGACGCAUACACGUUCGUCGGUUUAGGGUACACCUAAUCUGGCCCAUUUUCAAUAUAUCGCCGAUUUGGUCCAUAAACCUUCGUCUAGGGCGUCCCUUCCUGACUCUGCCGUUCACUUCUGCAACAUAAAUUUGCUUUGUCACUCUUUCCUCGUUCAUUCUUUCUACAUAACCAAAUCUUGAAGUGUCUGUCUGUAAUAUUGAAAUAACUGGCAUCUGUUAAGCACAGGGAUUAUUUGAAUGCUGUUGAAAGAUAAAUAUUUUUCAAAUUUUUGUCUGCUGUCUGUCUGUCUGUCCGGGCUAUUCUUCGAAAUGUCUGAAGCGAUUGUGGUGAAACAGUUUUAAAUUACAAACUGAACACAAGCAAUGCCAGGAAGGAUUAUAUUUUAUCCGAAGAUUAUUGAAGAUUUUUUUUGAGAAAACAAAUAAUUGAUAGAAUAAAUCUUAAGAGAGACUCAUCAAUAUUAAUAGAUCAUAUCCAGGCGAAGCCGGGGUGGGUCGCUUGUUUGUAACAUUUUACACACAUUUUAGAACUUCGACCUCUUCUUUUAAGUCGCUAUAAAAACUUAUGAAUGAGUUUUUUGUAAAUAUAGUAUAAAAAAUUAAUGAUUCAUCCUUUAAUCUUUUUAAAUUCUCCAAUCUCUAUGGUUCCAGUUUUGUGGAAUGCUAAGUGAAUGUAGUAUAUUGCAACUAAUGCGUGCAACGAGUCAUCGUUUAUGAAUAUAACUUAACACAGUUGUAACAAAUGUAAUUUUGUCACCUGUCAAAUUAUGGUUUAUAUGUCAUAAACAUAUAUUAAUUAUAAACUAAAAAGUUUUGUGUCCAAUAUGUAGCCUGAUUCAUUGUAUACUAGUUUCAAUAUGCCACAUGGCAUUAAGUCCGCCGUUUGUACCUUUAUUACAAUAAAGUGUAUAAAUACAUAAACAAUAUAAGCCUUAUUUAUUGCAUGCUAAGAUUUAGUUUUAUAUACACUCACAUCGCAUCAUAAAUAAAAUGAUUUUUUUUGGGACUGUUUGGCCGGUUUUCAACAUUAUGCCACCGUUUUUAGAUAUUGUUAUAUAAUUUUUACGACAAUUUAUAAAUGUUUUCAUUAUUCAUCAAAAUGGAUGAAAUUUGUUUUUGGUCCUUCAAGCCGGAUUUGUAAUAGUGAUCAGUAGUAAAAUUUACAUUUAUUCAUAUUAAAAUUAGCAUAGUAACGUUUUAUUCAUGUUUGAGUAUACUUUAAUAAUUACAUUUAAAAUUCUAUCGUUAUAUUAACGUAGUAAUAGUGCCUUUUGUCACACACACGCCCACGAACAUUUUGUCACACACACGCCCACGAACAUUUUGACAGGUGUCAAAUUUAGACACUAAUCGCUUGAAACGCGCAUAAUAUACUUUAGAUACAUAAUUAUAUUAAAACAAAUUUUAUUGUAAAUAAGUAGAAAACUUUAUUGAAUGUGCAAAUAAAUGGUUAUUUGG